AUGAGACCGUCCAGCCAGAUCUCUCCUACAGCUGCUUCCCUGACGCCGGAACAAGAAGAAACGUUCAGGCUUUGGAUCGGUAGACACAAUUGGAAGACACGGCCAUCGUUGCAGACAGCGGCAGAUUACCUACAGCUCAAGUACAAUCAGUCAUUUCCUUCAGAACUAAUGAGCCGCAUUAUCGACGACGUUUACGCGGAGAGAGUCGCACCACCUGAUCCAGUGUUCAUCCAAGAAAAUCCUGCCGAGAUGGAGACUGAAACAUCGGCACAAGACCCCGUGGCUACUCAUAACAGCAAGUUUAAAUUUCCUGGCUACGGGCUGCCCACUUGGUUUCUGCCGAAAGAUGGCGAGCAUUUCCCCAUUCUAGUAGGCGAUCAAGAAGAGGGUUGGCGGGCUGCUACGCUUCUCAUUCGAGAAUUGUGCAUGCUCAAGGUUAUGGAGGAUCUCACCAACAAGCCCGAGUGGUGGACCAAAGUCGUUGAUCCAGAAAUACGGGUCAAAUGGAAGAAUGAAAUGCUUUCACUUGACUGGGAGGCAUUUCACGAGCAUGCCGAUUUCACGCCGAGAAUGGCCGACGCCUGCAUAGAAGAGUUGACUAAGAAGGCCCGUCUCUGCGAAGAAACGGGACUGGUUCCCGUCUUUGACUACUCAGCUUGCGUCGUCAAGUCGGACAAACUCAUGGAUAAGGAUCUGAUCAAGAAGCUCGCUGAUGCGAUGGCACCAUUGGAGAAUGUGCCCGAGGAGGAAAAAGACUGGCAUCCAGGCAGUGAUGGCAAAGUCUUGGAUAUCGUCCAUCCUUCGCUGUGGCCGUUGAUUUAUGGACGGUCACGAAUCCUACCUGACAAGGAAAUCACCGUGGAUGAUUGCCUGAAUCAUGUCGGCAUGGGUGAAGUAGUGGCCAAACCCAAGUCAGAGCCACCUGUCACUUCUAGAUCAUGGGGUCCGGAACCGGUCAACGUCUCUUCUGUCAAUUACCAAUGGCUUCCUUGCAAUGUUGCCGUUGACGGGGAGGGAAAGGCAAAGAUUACGAGUUACGUCAACAAUCUACACCCGAUCCAACAUGCCAAGCUCUACCCGAUAAUCGAGCAAUUCAUCACAAAGUCCCUACCAGCAUGGGACCUCGUCUAUCGAUGGCCGAAAGAAUUCGAGUUCCAGCGACUCACCACCAGCGAGGCAGGAACGCAAUGUACCACUCAAGAAGCAUGCAAGGACUCGUAUGAAUGCCGGCCAACAAACCGACCGGUAAACGAUGAUGAGCCGCCGCGGGAGGAGUAUGAGGAAGAUGAAACGGGGUACGAGGAGAGCGAGCGCGGCCAACUUGACGCUCUGUGGUUUCGGUCAACGCAUCCGCAGAUUCUGCCUGACGCAACUCUUGAUUCCGACACUCCUGAGAAGAUUGAGAAAAAGGCAAGCCAAAAUGAGUACCAGAGCAGCCGGAAAGAACAAGGUCGGUUCAACGUCACAGCAGACAAGAUCAAGACAAGUGGCUUUUUCGGCUCAAAUAAACAGAUCCAAGUUAUCGUCAAGCUGGCAAACAUCCAUCUUACACCGGACAAGCCCACCUACGAUGGAGGCUCAUGGCACAUCGAGGGCCAGCGUAACGAGCAUAUUUGCGCCACGGCCCUAUACUACUACGAUAAUGAAAACAUUACCGACUCGCGGUUGGCGUUCCGCACGUCCUCAAACUCAGAGGAUCUAACCAUGAAUCUGGACUACAUGCAGAGUGACGUUCGCUCUAUUGCAAGAACAUUUGCCGUAGACGAGGCACACGAAGCAACAACCCUUCAGAACAUUGGUUCGGUCCUCACACGUCAAGGACGGGCGAUCUUCUUCCCCAACCUCUUGCAACAUCAAGUACAGCCGUUCUCACUUGCUGACCCAACCCGUCCGGGUCAUCGCAAGAUUCUCGCCUUGUUCCUUGUUGACCCAGCGAUCCCCGUCAUUUCGACGGCGAAUAUCCCUCCCCAGCAGCGCCCUUGGUGGCCUGCAGAAGAUUACAUUCGCAACAGUAAUCGCCUCCCACCGGAACUUGCUCACAUUGUUUUACAAAAUGUGGAUUAUGUAAUUGACGAAGAGGAGGCGAAGGCGAUCCGGGAGAAGCUCAUGUCUGAGAGGACGGUGAUGCAGACUGCGUUUAGCGAGGCGUUGCAGUCGGUAGAGUUUAGCUUUUGCGAGCAUUGA